UGCGCUCCCGGCAGUCUUGAUGUGAGUCACGAAGAGUAGAGACACGCGAGUGAACCGCGGCUUUGUUUAUUGGUACAUCCUACACACAUACAUCCACUGCACCUUAUCAGAAAGAACAGGAGAGACUCCCCGAAGGAUGAAACGAGUUUCGCACCUGCGAUACCUGUAAUCUGGAGCUACCUACCACCUGGACCACUGCAGCCAGCAAACCGAAGAACAGCUCAGCCGAAAUGAUCAGCUGACCUUGUUUGUGCGUUUUGUGCUAAUUGCUUUUUGCCUGCUCUCCCACUUGAGGUAAAACACAACCGAAGUCGAGCUGUUGUUGAACACAUCCAUCGCAGACUCUGCGAUUCGCAUCUUUCGCCCUGUUGCUGAGGAGUCGUGAGAAACAAGUACAGUUCUUCAUCAUUGCAACUGCAUGAAACACUUGCCACACCGAUCCUGGAUUAUAAUAAAUGACUGCUGCUGCUGCUGAGAGGGUGAGAGAAUGACCAGCAGGGGUUUCUAUGGGACCAGCCCACCCUUCCUAUACACGGGUGAGGCUGGUUCCGGUGGCAUGGACUGCCUCCAGUUGCGGCAACAGCAGCCCGGUCCGUUCCACUACCUCAUCAACGAGCAGGCAAAGUCCCUGGUGGCGCUACAGGAGCUGCAGCAUGAAGUGGGAGCCCUGCUCGAGUUCAGAGAUCUCGUCAUCGAGACCUUCCCGAAUCUGCGCACGAAGAUGGCGGCCAGCUCGACGCCGGCCACGAUGACCUCCAACAUACCGGUGGCCGUGAGACGAGCAGAAUGGGAACCCGGAGUGAAGGUCCGAAGAAAGCUGAACACGAGCAAGGAGGAGCGCGUGAAGAAGACGGAAUCGGCAAUCCAGGACUCUGGUUUUAGCACGGAAACUAGCAGCAAGGAGACGCACAGCGCUGUGACGACGACCUCGACGACGGCGACGGCAGGCAACGAGGCUGAGGACGAACUCUGGAAUCUGCUGGACAUCAUCCAUAGGAAGGGCACGCGGUUGAAGGAUGAGGUGGAGGCGCUUCAAGGCGCACUCCGCGAUCAAGGCAACAGCAGUCCCACAAAGGAAUCCGACUUCCAGAGGGUUCUCUUCCACGCCUCCGUCGACGAUGUGCGGCAGCUCAAAAGGGAGCGCGAUCACCUGCUGGAGCGCGUUGCAGAGAUGGAGGCCGAAGUGCUAGCAGGUCGCGUUCACACCUCCCGUCUCCAGGAGGACCUGGAGAACCUCCUCGGUGCCAAACACGACCUGGAAGAGCAGCUCAAGGCGGUCGUUAGUCAAAGGGGUGAAGUGAACUCGCGCAUUCAGGACUUGCACUCGCAGUUCGUGACUAGUAGUAGUAGUAGUACAUGUGCGGACGUUGCGGAGGCCGCUCCGACGACGUCCAAGUCCAUCCCAAGCAAAAUCGACGACGCUCUCGGCACCGACAUUCCCAAGGUCAGGCUGCCCGACUCCAAGAAGAUUGCGGCCAUCCUCAAAGAGUACGAUCCCAUCGUACUCCAAAAACACCUCCUCACCUCCACCGUUCAAAACCACGUGUUGCAACUGCAAUUGGACACGGCGGCCCGUCUCGAAUUGGGCCUGGUGGACAAAUUGGAUAAGGCGCGAGAGGAGAACGACGAGCUCAGAUUUCAGUUGGAGGAUAGGAAUAUUGAAUUGGAAGGUACGAAAGCGCGCGUGAGGAUGCUGGAGAACCUGCAGAAGCCGCCGAGCGGGAGGUCGCCUGAUAUAAUACCGACGAUGGAGGCAGCUCUUCCGUCUCUGACGAUAUCCAGAUCAGAGAUUACUACGGCCAGCAUGAAGGCGAUGAGUCCGUUUCCUAUAAACCUGCAGCUCGAUCAUAGCUCGAGCACGGAGUCCGCUCACGAUCAGGCGGAGAGCGCGCGGAAGAGCGGUUCGGAGACGCCGAGGAGGAAGCCAUCGAGAAUCCCUCUGGUGAAGAGCUACGCUGCACCGAAACCACCGGGAAGCGCGGGAAAGCACAGUCCUGGUGGCAGAAGCCGUAGUGGCGAGUCACCAGGACGACCGCAGAGCGCGCAAUCCUGGCGCAACAACAGGAGCGAAGGGAACAGUUUGAGCAAAAGCAGCUGUUCUUUGAACAAAUCGAGGAAUGCCUCUCUAACUGCAGCAAAGGACUCGCUCACGGGGAAGUCGCGUACCAAUCUCGAGCUGAAAGAUUCCUUGGUCAGCAGCUACGGCAGAAUACCCUGCAACACUUCCAAUACAGCCAUCGCCGCCACAGCUCUGUCGACGUUGCGCAAAUCCUCAACACCGAACGUCCGAAGGAACAACAGCGUGCGGGACUCAACCGAUAAGAUGGUUAGAUCCGAAUGGAUAUUGUCGUACGGAAGCGACCGAUAUCCGGACUCGUUGGACGACGCGGACAUCGUAGUCGUCGAAGCAGAAGGCGGAAGCGCGGAGUGUUCGUCAGUCGAGGGGGCGGUCGCCGGAGGCGGGAUCUUCUACGAUUCCAUUGAUUUCGAUUCCAUCGAGUCGAGCCUCUACCAAGCUAACGGUGAGGAUCUCGCCGAAUGCGAUUCCCUCGAGCGCCGCAUCGACACCUCCGAUCUGUCCACCACCAACAACAGGAAAUAACUCGAACCCAAACAUUCCUCCAACGCUCACUACCGUCCAGAUGUAUCCAACAGUUGCUCUGUCGGCCACCGCCGACAAAAAGAACGCGCAGAUUUGUCCCGAUCUGCAAAGAAUCCAUUCGUUAUCAAACAUAUCGCGUAUCACUUAAAUAUAUUACUAUAUUGUAUUUUAAUUUACUGUACGUAUUGCAUUGCGUUUUCCAAUUGGAUGCAUUUAUGACUCGAAACUGGUUCGAAAGCACCGAUCCAGUAUUCGCAGAUGGGUUUACAGCAAUGUACUUUUUAUUUACUUAGGCCUGAUCAUAAUUGUCGUCAACAUUUUUAUAUUCAUUUUUAAUCUAUACACAAUUUGUUAAUUAGUUAUUAUUAUUAUUAUCAUCGUUUAUAUUAUUUCUCCUUAUUUUGUACAAUCGCUGUGUGUAGGACUGUGAUAGGUUUAUAGGCAGUGAUCGGAGGCGUUUAUUCGUAUAUUUAUAUAUAUACACAUCCUCUCUAUCCCUCUCUUAAUUUAUUAUUACAAUCAUCAUCAUUCGAUAUUUAAGAAACUCCUUCUACAACACUAUAUACAUAUGUUAUACAUAGAUAUAUAAAAUAUGUUCCUUGCUGAAGAAGACGUAAAGAUGAAAAACCAUACACACACACACGCAACAUACACAAAGACUGUAUUUUAUAUAUAUUAUAUAUCGAUUCGUGAUUACUUUCUGUUUUAACCUCAGUCUUUUCUUAUUAUUUUUUAAUUUUUUUUUAUUUAAUCUUUACCAACUUUAUGUUUGUUUAUAUUUUUUCGUAACAAAAUAAUAAUCAAAAGACUCUCCAAAACGUAUUCUCAUCUGUAACGCAGCUUCCAGAUAAUAACUGUUAAGUUGCAUAUUCCGUAUGUGAUACUUCUUCGUGUAUAAUGCUCAUCACAAGAUUAACCGCUCUUUAUCAUUACGAUAGCAUAAUAAUGUAGCGUUAUUGUCGAUUCUAUUUUUAAAGAUGAAUUUAAGUGAAACAAAAAAAGAUAAUAUUAAGAAAUUCUUAUAUUGCAAAAACUUUGAAUUGAUUGACUGAUUUAUAAGUUUA